GGGUCAACAUGAAUAACUCUGUUAUUUUAUUGUUCUUGGUGGCAUUGUUAAGGGCUACUUCUGGUGAUACCAUUGCAGACGAAUUUGAUAACAUUGAUAUCGACGAGAUUUUGUCGAGCAAACGGCUUGUAGAUAAUUACAUACAUUGCUUCAAAACUGGACAGAAAUGUACUCCUGACGGACAAAAAUUCCGAGACGUUUUACCUAAGGCUAUGAAGUCGAAGUGUGAGGAUUGUUCGCCGGCUCAGAGGGAAAAGGUUUUUAAAGUUGUAGAAUGGGCGGCACAAAAUCGUCCCGAUGAUUUUUUGGAGCUGGAAAAUAUAUACGACUCGCAACACGAGUACAGGCGGGAGUUUGAGGCCGAAUUGAAGCAACGCAAUAUUGCGCUUCCUCCGUUGAGAAACUAGCCGAGGUGAAUUUAUUGUAAAGGUUAAUAAUAAAGUUUUUCAAAUCAU